CUGACACGAUCGGUGGUCCAACCAGAAAUUUAACAAGGCUAGUACACGUUUACGAAUCUGUAUUAGAGAAGAUAGGGAAAAAGUUGAUUCGAUUUCUGUAUUAUCAUAUACAUGAAAUGAAAUUCCCUUCGAGACAUCGGUUUGAGCCGUUAGUUUGUUUUCGCACCUUGUGCACAUACAUGUAUACAUAUGUAUAUGCACACCUCCUAUUUUUACCUAUGAUAUAGAAAAAAUUUGGAUACUUUUAUGUAGUUUAAAGAUUCGGUGAGAGAAAAAUCUAGAAAGGAGGAAGAAAAAUCGGAGAAAUGGCGACAGGACGCAUCGGUUGCGAACAAGAGGAGACGAGUUUGGAAAAUUCGUCGGAAAUUCCGAGAUACGGCAGCUUUCGAAAUAGAAGAACAUUCGGGAAAUACGCCAAGAUUUUCCGUAUAGUUUUAGCGAGAUGGAUAUCGAUUUACAGCCAACUUCGCGACGAGAAACUGAACGAAGAAGCCGAGGACGACGACUUGAUUUUGCCGAGCAACGAAGACUGGCGGCAUCGAGUCUACUAUAGAUUGGUCGAGUUGCAAAGAGAAUGCGAUGCAGAACUCGCGAUGAAAAGGGCCGGCGAGACUGGGCUAGAAAUGGAAUACCGAAAAAAUGAAAUGGAGCGGAUAACGACGGCGGAUUCGAAGGUGGAAGAAGAGCAAAGGAGCAUCUGGGAAUGGGAGCCAGAGAUCCGCGAGUAUCCUUUGAAGGUGAAAACGAGAAGUGACAGCAAAGAAUCGAGGGAAUCGGUGGUGAACGUUUGCGGUAUCGCCGGUUCGAUGACGGAAGCCUGCGUUCAGCCAGGUUGGCGAGUCAACGACAUCCUGUUGGCUGCCAAAGUUCUUCAAAGGGAUUCGACUGGACCCGCCUAUUCGGACGAGGCUGAGAUGCGUCGAGUGUUUGGUCUCGUUUACGACGUGCUUAGAUACAAGAAAAUUUUCAGCCGUGCCCUGAAGGAGGUACAAUUUUGGAGUCGCAACGACACCCUCAAGGAUCGAGAGCGGAUCGUUUGGUUGCUGUUGUACGAUAUGCAAGGAAGAAAGUUUGCGAGACGAGGCGAAGUUACCGCCGUCGAAGAACGCGAGAAAAUGUUCGAGGCUGCAGGAUUGACGAGUAUCGAACAGGCACUUUUGAAGGUGAAAACUCAUCUUGCCGCGAGUAUUUCGCGCCUACGAAUCCGUGGCUCGGCUCUCAGUCUCGAUGAGCUGUUGCCGUCUCGUUUGCGUAUCAUCGAAGGUGUCGCUUGGGGCGAGGAAGCCGCGAUCGCUUCUGGAUGGAUCAACGGUAACAAGAUCGCUAGCAAGCAACAGUUCCUGGAAGAGAUGUCGAAACUGAAGUUGGUCCACUCCGAGAAUGGAGAGGCAACGGAGCUCGAGGAUACCGGUUACGUGUUUGAUGCCAUUUGUCCUAAAAUGAUUAACUUGCACGAAAAUGCCAGAGAAAUAUUGGCCGUCUCUAGUCUCGUUCGCGAGCAUCGUUUCGUAUUUCUAGAAAGAUCGUUAUGUCUGGGUGCAGCGGCAUUGGCACGGGCGAUUCGAGUCGGCCGUUUUUGCGGACCGAUAGUUUUAACCCACUGCCUGGCGCCGCGGCACACCGGAUACCUGGCGGAGCUGUUGGGAGACAUCGAGGACGCCGGCAGACUGUUGGCUUUUGGUGCUGGCGAACGUCUCUGCGAGUACGAGACGUAUCUGAGAGAUCUCGGCGUGACGUUGCAACGAUGUCGCGUAUUUUCCGACAAAUACGCGUCGCAUACCGUGACGGCCGAGUUAGAGAGAGCUACCGUAGUUUUGGCGAUACCGCCGUCUAGUUAUACCGGUGUCAAAGAUAUCGUUGAUCUUGCCGUUGCUCGCGGAGGAGACACGGAUCUCCUCGAAUCGUUGACAAACGUCUGCGUCGCCGAGGACGACCAGGACGAACGCAAUAUCGAGCAGCCGCGAGCUCUGUUGGCCGAUCAAAUGUCCACGCUCAAGUAUGCUUUAACCAGACCGAACGUUCAGUUCCUGAUAUACGAAGCGCACACGGUUUUCCCCUCGGAAACGACAGAGAUGAUUCGGCAUGUGGUCGAUUACGUAAAUCGAAUAGCCGCGGAGAAGUACGUCCGCGAUCAUACGUUGAAAAAGAAGGCGCCGAAGGAAGGAAAAGAAUCGUCGAAAUCGAGCAAACCGGAGAAAAGUGAAGAAUCGGUCAAGGAUGACGGAAUAUCAACUAUUUCCACAAACGUUAACGUUCCGGACAGCGAUCUUUUCGAGGUGGGCAGCAUCGACGAUAUCUACGGAGAGAACGUCAGCCACAUGCUCGAUCCAGGAUGCUUUCUCGCUGUAAUAAAAAGAAAGGAAAUGAUGCAGUUCGACUCGUUGUUUAUGAUCAAGGUGGCGGAAUCCAAAGGAUUGUUUGGCGAUCCCAAGCAACGACGAGAGACGAAACGCGAACCGGUCCCACUCGAUCCUUCUUCUCGACGAAACUCGUUGAUCGAUCCUCGCAAAACACCGAAACGCUGCAAGAUCGAAAUCGAACGAAUAAUGGCGCCCACGCACUCUUCGUUGACGAGAACCUCGAACGAAAAUUCGCUAUGUCCGCGGCAUCAGAGACGCCAGGCUUGCGGGUCAAGUAUUCGAGCAGAGGUACGCGAAAGAAGGAAAUGGAACGAACGUUAUCGUGGUCGGUGCCGAACAGACUCCGACGCGUCGUCGUCUUUCGGAUAUCGAUCGACGGAUGGAGAUUCGGGAACGUCUAAACUUCCGUAUCCAUGGAAUAUCGUGACUCCUCGCCUUCCAUUGAUAUUCGAUAAUCGUUCAACAGUCGCGACCGGAAGCUUUCGGACUCGGGAUUCCAUCAAAAAUCCAUUCAAAAGACGCGCUCGUACGUCACGCGAUAUGACUCUUUCGCCGAUUACGUUAAAGCAGGAGUUGCGAGCGAUCUACUCGUUGUAUCGUACAAAUAUCUGUUCGGCUCGGUCCAAAGUAGACGCGUCCGAUCAACGAACGUUAGCGCUGCAAGAACAAGUCUCGCCGAUGCUGUCUAGCACGCUCAGCGUCGAACGUCCGACAGGACGCCAACUAAAAUACGCUAACGCGUCGAGUACGAUUCUGAGAUCACCGAUUCUGGCUCGAGCACUACGACGUAUCCCACUGGAGAACAAGAUCGAGGAUUCCGAGAAAGAAUACGUUGACCGAUACUCGAAGCCUGGUGCUGCUGAAUGGUGCCCGGUAUCGAGAAGAACAUUGACGUCGGCGUCGGCGUCGCGACUCGUUCGGCCAGGCCUACGCGAACGCGUACGCGUACGCGGUUUCAUCGAACAUGCACGACUUGCUUCUUACCGCGAUCGUCGCCAGCUAAAAACCGCCACAGCUCGACGGAUUUCUUCGGCCUGCCAUCACUUUUAUCAACAGCCGUCGGAUCCUUGA